AAUGCAGGCUAGUACCACAGAGGUUGUUGCUCAGUGCUUUGAGAUCAAAGAUCAGAACAUUGGCAAUGAGCUGAACCAAGCUUUCAAGGGUAACACUUACAAAAUGUCAACUUUGUUUAAAAAGAGGGAGAGUAAAAAGAGAACAAAGACUCUUGACGAAAAAUGCAUCGAAUCUGGAAGUGAUGAACCAGCUGUUAAAACCUCUAAACUUGCCAGGAAAUCUACCAUAAACAAGGCUUCUCAAAAGAAAAAUCCAGCAAGAAGAGGUCCUAAGACAAGACGAAGGAAAACUGCCGACGAGAUCAACCUCCUAGAAAGGGCCUUUUUCAAAGACCCGGAAUGGACACAGAUUACUGUUGAUUUCAUCAAGAAACAUUCUAUGCUUGAGUAUGUUCAGAUCUACAAAUGGGGGUGGGAUCAAAAAAAGAAAAUAAAGAGAAACCCCAACCUCAAGAGGGUACCUACUAUUGAUGAGUUUGGAGGAUACUGAAAAUAUGAUAAUUCCGACUUGAAUUUGCUUUCUCUGUGAGGAGGAGAAGACCUCAAUCAUAAGGUUGCAUUACUGGAUCAAGAAUCUGAAAAAUUAGACGGACCUUUGCCACAAACUACAACCCCCGGAAAACUUACUUUAAAGAGAAGAAAAACUGUGGAUUUUGAAAACUUCGACAGAAAUUUUCAAAAUCAAGAUUUCAAAGAAUAUGUGCAAUCUAAUGGAGAUGACUUCGCUGCUCCCUCAAAGAAGAUCAAAAGAAAUAGAUAUUGCUCUGACCUGACUAACGUGACCAGGUCUCCAGCUCUCUCACCCUCAAUCAAUGAGCUGAGAUCAAGAGCAUUCUUUGAAGAAGAGACCCCCAGUGAGAAGAUGGCUUUCUGCUAUGUCUCAGAAAACCCAUUUGAGGAUGAGAACUCACUCAGCUUCCUAAACUUAGAAUCCAAUAGUAUUGAUGAACAGGAAAACGACCCCAAUUCACAGGAUAGCAACAAUUUCUGGUACAGUCAGGACAACUACUAGCCAGGUUAACUACCUCAGAGGGUAGGAUGAGUCUGUGAAAAACAGCACGACUCAUUGUUAAUUUCUCAUAAAUUCAUUUUUUAAA